AUGGGCCGGGAUUUCAACCAGCCCUCUCUCCUCCUUAAUCUUCCACUGCAUAGACCUCAAGAGAUGGUAUACUACCGUGAGGACGGGCAUUUUGACCCCCCGAGCGGUUCCCUCGCGCAGUGGCUCACCAACAAUAUUCUCAAACUCGGUAAACCGUCUCUGUACGAGGACCACGUUAGCACAGGUUCUCAGAGUCUGCGAGGGAACAAAAUCCCCGGGGCAGCUCACAUUACGGAUAUCAACCUGCAUGCUGGGCGGGUUAUACAUAGUGACAGGAUCGAGGGCGAUCAUAAAAUCCACCAGCUCCGCCGGCAGCUCAUGUCCACAAGCCUUUGCAGCCGCGCGAAUCUCCUCCAUCGCCGGCCGCACCAGAUUCUCCACAGCCCCGUCGGCGAUCUGCAUCCGCCCCGUGUCGAGGUCCGUAAUGGCGCAGAGCGAAUUCAAACACGCAUUGUAGAGCAGCUUGCGCCAGCGGGUGAACCCGACGUCUGGCUGGUGCUCGCACACGCACUUGCCCCCCGCGGCGUAGAUAUCGCAAAAUUCCCGCGCUUCGCGGUCCUCAACGGCCGGAUCGAGGUGAGGGUUGCGAAAGGCGCCGACGAACAGCUUGUCGCCGUCUUCGUGGAGGAUCUCGGCGGGAGAGAGCUGGUGGCUGCCGCAGAAGCUGGUGCCCGAGAGGAUGACGUUCUGGGGGAAUGCGACCAGCAGCGGCUUGUCGAUGUUGAGGCCGUUCUGGAUCAGCACGAUCACGGUGUAUCCCGGGGUGAUGGCUGGCCGGAUCAGUUCUGCGACGGUGGGGGGGAUGUCGGCGUAGUUCUUGGUGGUACAGAGGACGUAUUUGUAUGGUUGGAUGUUGUCUUUUGCGACGUCGGGGAUGUGCUUGAGGACUGGGAGUCGGGUUAUUUAUGGUCAUGA